AGUAUUGUUGAGAGUUGGCUUACGUACGUUCUCUAUAUAAAUGUCUUGCAUUAUCCUCUUUCAGUAGGCAACCACUCGAGGAAUCCAAAGUGAAUUGAAUUUGCCCUUGUUCUUUUUAAUCAAGGAUAUUUGAGGUUCUGAAUAAAGAUGAAAGUGGCAGUUGUUGGUGCGGGUAUAAGCGGGUUGGUAUCCGCAUACGUUUUGGCAAAGUCAGGUGCCGAAGUGAUACUAUACGAGAAGCAGGGUCACCUUGGUGGUCAUGCAAAGACCGUGCUGGUUGAUGGCAUCGAUCUGGACCUGGGAUUCAUGGUCUUCAAUGGGGUGACAUCUCCCAACAUGAUGGAGCUGUUUCAGACACUUGAAGUUGAUAUGGAGGAUUCUGAUAUGUCAUUCUCAGUGAGCUUAGACGAUGGUCAUGGCUAUGAAUGGGGCACUAGAAAUGGUUUGUCAAGUUUGUUUUCACAAAAGAAGAAUCUACUGAAUCCUCGCUUUUGGAACAUGAUGUUCUGGGAAGUAACCAAGUUUAAAUCUGACGCUUUCAGGUACCUGGAAGACAACCAAGAUACUAGUCACCUAGAAACAUUGCAAGGCUUCAUCAAGUCACAUGGUUACUCUGAAUUAUUCCAAAAGGCUUAUCUUGUACCAAUGUGCUAUUCAAUUUGGCCUUACCCUGCGGAACAAAUUCUAAGUUUCUCUGCAUUUUUAGUUCUCUCAACCCUUCAGAGACAACACAUGCUUCAGGUUUUUGGUCGCCCUCAAUGGCUUACCGUCAGAAGUUGUUCACAUACUUUUGUUACAAAGGUCAAAGAGAAUCUGGAUUGUAAAGGCUGCAAAAUAAGAAUAGGCUGCUCAGUUCAAUCCGUGUCAAAACUUGAUAGUGGUUGGGUAAUAAGCUGUGAAGAUGGCUCUCAAGAAAGGUGUAAUGGAUGCAUAAUAGCCACACAUGCGCCAGAUGCUCUCACAUUGCUAGGAGAACAAGCUUCAUAUGAAGAAAAAAGAAUACUCGGCGCUUUUAAUUAUGUCUAUAGUGAUAUGUUUCUACAUCAUGACGCAAAAUUAAUGCCCCGAAACCAAACAGCAUGGAGCGCAUGGAACUUCCGUGAAACAGUGGCUAACAAAGCAUGCUUAACUUACUGGCUCAAUGCGAUCCAGAACAAUGAUGACAAGGGACUACCUUUUCUUGUUACAAUUAACCCGCCUCAAACUCCAGAGAGUACGGUACUUAAGUGGUCAACUGGAUAUCCAGUUCCAUCGCUUGCUGCAUCAAAGGCUUCACUUGAGCUUCAUGCCAUUCAAGGAAAGAGAAACAUUGUGUUUUGUGGAGCUUACCAAGGUUAUGGACUACAUGAGGAUGGAGUUAAGGCCGGCAUUGUUGCAGCAAACAUAAUGCUGAAUAAGAGUUAUGAUAUUCUCAACAACCCUAAUCUAAUGGUACUCUCUUCGAUGGAAGCUGGUGCACGGUCGUUGAUUGUUAAGUUUCUUCAAAAUUACAUUACCCUUGGAACUUUAAUUUUAAUCGAAGAAGGAGGUACAGUGUUCAAGUUUGAAGGGAGCAAAAAGGAAAGUUCUUUAAAAGUUCAUUUAAAAGUUCACAACCCCCAAUUUUAUUGGAAGCUUCUCACAAAAGGUGGUUUAGGUCUUGCUGAGGCCUAUAUAAACGGAGACUUCUCCGUCAUUGAUAAAAAUGAUCGUGUUCUGAACUUGUUAACGCUUUUGACCCCAAGAUUUAGGGAAAGGAAAUGGUGGACACCAAUAUUUCAAAUAGCAACUGCAAAGUAUUUCUAUCAUCAAGUUAUGAGGAAAAAUACUAUUACUCAAGCUCGCAAUAACAUUUCUGCCCAUUAUGAUCUGAGUAAUGAACACUUUUCUCUCUUCUUGGAUGAGACCAUGACAUACUCAUGUGCAAUAUUCAAGAGCGAGGAUGAAGACUUGAAAACCGCACAAUUGAGAAAAUUACAUUCCUUGAUUGAGAAGGCAAGAGUUGAAAAACACCAUCAAGUUCUUGACAUAGGAUGUGGUUGGGGGAGUUUAGCUAUUGAACUAGUCAAACAAACUGGAUGCAAAUACACCGGAAUCACCCUCUCGAAAGAGCAAAUUAAAUAUGCAGAAAGUAAAGUGAAAGAAGCCAAUCUACAGGAUCGGAUCAAAUUUCUACUACGUGACUAUAGGCAGAUACCUGACACUUUCAAAUACGACAGGAUAAUAAGUUGUGAAGCGAUAGAGCAUUUUGGCCAUGAAUACUAUGAAGAGUUUUUUAGAUGUUGUGAAUCCGCAUUGGCAGAGGAUGGGAUUUUUGUACUACAGACAAUAGCAGUUCAAGACAGUAGGUAUGACAUGUUCAGGAAGAAACGAGACUUUAUUAAGGAAUACAUAUUUCCAGGAGGCAACCUGCCUUCACUCAGCAGAUUAACAUCAGCCAUGGCUGCGUCGUCUAGAUUAUGUGUGGAUCAUGUGGAACAGUUAGAAAGACAUAAUUAUUACCAAACACUCAGAUGCUGGAGAUCUAACUUUAUGAAAAACCAAAGCAAAAUCCUUGCUUUGGGCUUCAACCAAGAUUUCAUCCGUACUUGGGAGUACUAUUUUGACUAUUGUGCUGUUGGCUUUAAGAUUGGAUUUAUUAUGGACUAUCAGGUUGUGUACUCGCGGCCUGGAAAACGUUAAUGCCACACAUGGAGAUCCUUACAAGGCUACAUCUUUAUGCGGUGAACUCCCGUGGUGAUAACGGCUACAACAACAUCCUCAUACGUGGGUUUACCAAGUUUUAUGUUUUAUCAUUUGAAUAAAGUCUUUCGACAUUGUGUUAAGAAUCUAGCUUGUUUUACAGAUUUCGUUGUUGCUUGUGUUCCUGUUUGUUUAUCUAUUCAAAACUUAAAUGUGUGUUGUUUUAAUUCUGAAAUUACAUAAUAAGAAAAUUGAGUAAA